AUGGGUCAAACUUCUGUUGCUACUUUUAAUGACACCAAUUAUAAUGACCCAUCUUUGGCUUCAAAUGGUUUGUCUCUAAUGAGUGGAUUGGCUUCCUCUGCUCCUCAUCAAAAUUUGAUGUUUCAAACUGAUGUUUUGGAUGCUGGGUUGAGAGGGAAGAGAUAUGGGAUGCCUCAGUGUACUAGAGAUAUCAGUGGGAGUGAGUGUGCUCAGUGCCUCAACUCUCAAUUGGAUGCCUUCAGGACAACCAUUGGGAUUUUACUUCAGGUGGAAGAUGGGCUUUCCAUAUGGUGGCCGAACAAUUUUCGUUUCACUUGCAGUGUUAAUGAUGGUUCUGAUGAUAAUCCUCUAGCUGCUCAGAGUUGGAACAUUCUUUAUUUGAGGAUGGAAGUCUUGAAUCUACGGCUUGAAGUAUUUCCUUCUCCUAUUGUUCUUAUUAGAGAGAAAGAAGAGAAUUGA